AUGGUUGCUGCCAAGGAGGUCGAGUUGACUCCUGUUCAACAGAAGGUCGCUGAGGUCGUACAGCAUGAACUCAUCGAUCCACAUUUCAACUACAAUGACAGCGACUUCGAAAUACUGUCCACUAUCAGAUACGAUUCACAUUUUACGUCAUAUCCGGACAACGGGGAGCCAGCAGCCUCCAAAUCUAACAACAAGCCACCUUCUCAAUCGGAAGUUGACCCAAGAAUUUGUCUUUUGAGCGAAAAUGAACCCUUUAAUGCCAGCAUUGAAAGCGACCUGUUUCUGGAUUUUGUCACGCAACAAGCGCCUGGCGACGAUGAGAGGUCUCUGGAAGAGAUUUUAGGAAUUUUCAACGAGGCGCAGAACACCGUUGUGCCCUUGACACCUCCAAUCGAAGUCGACAGUCCAAACGACGACGAGAACUUAGAAGCACUGUGGAAGAUUUUCUACAAUCGAUUUUUGCUCCUAGGAGAACAUUUCAAGCGUUUGAAUUUGGCAUUGGAGUUUUUUGGGUGGAACUUUCAUGUCCCGCUUCAAUUGCUGCUCGAAAAGCUGGUACAAGCACUUCCAAGCGAUCACGCCCAUGAUGACGAUUCUCCUGCGGCCAAAAUGCGCAUUAUGCUCAGCGAACCUAGUAAGUACAAGAUGCGGGUCUUGUUGUCAAGUUCUGGCAAAAUGAGAAUUGAAGCGCAUCCGCUAGCGGCGCCGAAACUUCCACCACAACAUCCGUCCCAAUAUUUCAUCAAUGAGGUUUUGAGCGGGUUUUUGCCCGAAGGUCCUAAUAUCUGGAACGUAUAUAUCGAUUCAAAACCAAUGCCGAUUUCCCCGUUCACCACUUUCAAGACCACCAAGAGAGAUCAUUACACUGAGGCUAGAAACCGUUUGAGCGAAAUGGCACAGAAAGAUGGGAACUCGUUAUCGAAUUCCGAAAUAUUAGUAUACAACAGUGCCUUUGAACUAAUGGAGGGUACCAUCACGAAUGUCGCCCUAUUUCGCCAAAAUGAUGGCCAACAAUAUUACUAUGCGACGCCAUUAUUGUCGUCUGGGUGCUUAUGUGGAGUGAUGCGUUACUACCUUUUGAAAAAGAAGCUCAUAUGCGAAGAGUCAUUGGAUGUGCGAGACCUGAAAGACGGUGAUGUAGUACUUCUCUUCAAUGGCGUCAUGGGUUGUGUCAAGGGACUCAUUAAAACUAAGCCCGCACUCUAA